ACCCGUGCUCUUCCACCAAGAUGCUGAGGGAGGGAGCUCAUCCGUAGAGCUACAGCCCACUACAGACAAUGCCGCGCUGAUUUUGAAACACUGCUUCAACAGGAGCGACUGCUCCUCCCUAUGUCUCUCCGGUCUCUCUCUGCUCGUACUGCAUCCUCUCCCCCUUCCAAAUGCCAUCCCUGGUUUGAUCCAACUGUUGCCAGGAAGCAGCUGUUCGUCUGAAGAGCGUAAUUCUAAGCCUAUAGAAAGCCAUCUUCGUUUGUUUCGUAUUGCGGAUACACGGACCAAUCUCUAUGCUUCGAGCAUAGACGCUCUGCGCUCUUUCUCGCAACGUUUGUGGAUUCAAUAAGUCAGGAAAGAUGACGAGCACAGAGAACACGUAUAUAUUACAAAGGAGGGAGUCGCAGAGGAGUGAAGACAGCGCAAGUGCAUUCGGAACUGGAGACACGAAGCAGCUUGUCACUGAUGAAAACCAAUCACUCUUGGAAACCAGCAAUCUACUUCAGACCAGCUUCAAUUACAUUAACAGCAUCAUUGGAUCAGGUGUUGUAGGCAUUGCAUACGCGAUGAAGCAAGCAGGCUUCGGCAUGGGACUUAUUCUCCUUGUCACUUUUGCGGCCAUCACGGAUUACUCUCUCUGCAUAUUAGUCAAAGCCGGGAUCUCGACUGGCUCUGCCACAUAUCAGGAACUCGUACAGACAGCAUUUGGACUGCCGGGCUUCUAUAUUUUGACACUGAUGCAGUUUGUGUAUCCAUUCAUAGCAAUGAUAAGCUACAAUGUGAUAAUAGGAGAUACUGUAACAAAGGUUUUCAUGAGAAUUUUCGAUGUGACAAAGGAUAACAUCCUUGGAAACCGUCAUUUUAUUGUUGUCCUUGCAUCGUUGCUCGUAACAUUACCACUUUCAUUGCACAGAAACAUUUCAAAGCUGAACAAAGCAUCCCUGAUGUCCUUAAUCCUCAUCCUUGGCAUCCUAUUCUUUGUCUUGGUUCGCAUUGGAAAGUUCACUGACCUUGUACCCCACACCAGUGAUGCUUAUGCAUUUGCAAACACUGGAAUCACCAAGGCUAUUGGCAUCAUUGCAUUUGCUUACAUGUGCCACCAUAAUUCCUUUCUGCUGUACGCUGCGCUGGAGGAUCCUACUCAGAGACGAUGGAACAAAGUGACCCACAUCAGUCUCGGCCUGUCGUGCGUUAUCAUUUUGCUGUUUGGCAUCGGUGGGUACGUCUCGUUCACAACCUUCAGUCAAGGUGACCUCCUUGAAAACUACUGUCGGGACGAUGACUUAGCAAAUGUGGUUCGCCUUCUGUUCACUGCAACUAUCAUGCUCACCUACCCCAUCGAAUGCUUUGUUACACGCGAGGUUCUGGAGAAUGCAUUCUUCGUUACCAGGUUUCCCUCAACUAUGACACGUCAUAUCAUCAUCACAAUCUGCAUCGUUGUCAUGUCCUUCGUUUUAUCCUCCCUCACUGACUGCCUCGGAAUUGUCCUCGAGCUGAACGGCGUGCUGGCUGCUAUCCCGCUGGCCUACAUCCUUCCCGCCGUGACGUACCUCAAGCUGGAAAACGGCCCCCUGCUGUCGUGGGCAAAGUUCCCAGCCUUAAUGCUAGCCGUCUGUGGUGCGACCGUUGCUGUGUGUGGGUCCGUGGUUGCUAUAGUAGAUAUUGCCAACGGGGUCACGUGCAGCCACGGUGCCGAGAUGCCGUACUGCACGAAGCCCGACGUGGCUGCGAAUUCCUCCGGUAUACUUACUUGAAGAGGGGACACAAGGAGAAGGCAAAAGGCAAGCAUGGCUCAUUGGUUGCAGUACGGUGGUACUGCAAGAGCUCCGAUAAGGCGAAACAGCUAAGAUGGCACUUGCUUACAAGUUUUAAACCAUUGUGAACAACCAAUUUGAAAUAAUUUAAGAAUUUCACAUUGGCACAAUUGGCAUUUCUACAAUUUCAGGACAGAAGACCGCAAAUACAUUCCUUAAGUUGCACAUUAAAUUAUACAACGAGUUGACAAGUUUUCUACAUUUUAAAGUACACGUUAGGUGCUGUUGAGUCUUAUGUGGAAGGCAAAGACUCUAAUGAUCACGUCACAGAAAGAUCUUGCUUAAGCUGUUGGCGUACACUCUCCGGCACCUUGUUCCAUCAACGAAAGGAGAUGUGGUUGUUUCUGCAAAUUACAUGACCACUGGAAGAAAUGACGUAAUAUCUAGUGAACCUCGUAAGAAAAAUAUGAAACUCUCAGUCUGUCGUGUGCUCUUCUCGUCCAGUGUUUUACUUCAAACUCGAGGUAAUGUUAACUUCAUGAAACUCUAGUCACGAGUAAUAUAUUUGGACUAAACUGAAGUUUUAUCAGGCACAAAUUAGUAGGAAAAUGCUCUUCAUAUAUCGAAUAGCAUAUCGCAUUAGGAGCAUUCAUACAGUCUUUAUUAAGUAUAUGUAUGUGGUUGCUUAAUUACAGAAGCUGUUUUUGUGUAAGUCUAGAUAAAAAUUUCAGUCAAAUACUUAACAAUAGCGACGUCAUGGAUGAGAAAUCCUCACAGGAGUUGGCAUUGCUCCUAAAUGAAAAACUGGAAUUUCUUGGCAUAAGCAAGAUAUUACCCACCUUAUCGCAUUACAAUAAAGGGAGAAUGGGAGGGUGCACUUCAAUGGUAACUGCUUCAAUGGCACUUCAAUGCCAAGCAGAAUUUUCAAAAUAUGAAAGAAAAAAAAAGACAAAGAAAAGGCAUCAAAUGAGUUAUGUGCAACUAGGGCCCUGUGUUUUAGGGUAAAACCCUAACUUGGUAAAAACUAACUUGGCGAAGUGCAAAUUCAGCCACCAAUACCGGCACUUGAGGACGCUAUGUUCCGAAUCUCUUGUUCAUGGAAAACACGUGAAGCUCUGCUUUUUGUUGUUUUCCACCCGAUAUUGCCAGAUUUUACCCUGUUUUCCAGCCCCUGCAACACCACCAGAUUUUUACCCCCCCC